AUGGCAGCUCACUCUUUGAUCAAGGGCCUCAUCGUCGGGUCAGGUCUCCUCGCGGCCGCCGUGCAGGCUUCCUCGGGAGAUCAUCGCCUGAAUGCUCGAGACAAUGGCGGCUACAGGCCUGAGCCCCAGGGACAUUUUGUCUGCGUCGAGCAGCACAAGAUCGUCAAGGGGACAGUUCUGUACCGACUCAACUUGGAGACUGGCGACAAUCCGGCUGUCAACGAGAACGUCGGGCCUGGCGGUAACAUCAAUGCCAUCGGUUAUAAUAUCCUUGACAAUUACCUCUAUGGCUUUGUGGCCGUGAGUGGCGGCCGGUGGCAGCUGAUCCAGAUUGACGCCGAGGGUGGUCACCAACUGCUUCCCACGGUUGACCGUUUCUACAGCACGGGAGAUAUUGACGCCAACGGUCAGCUGUGGAUUGGGGCAUCUGGGACUACGGCUUGGGCACAGAUCGACCUGGACCCUGAUUCGGCGAGAACGGCGGCCCAUACCUCUACUCGAUUGCCUGGUCGACCACAGCUCGCCUUGUUCGCUGGUCCAUCGAGAGAAAGGUGGACGGAGGUCCGUGACUACGGCAACGUCACGCCCGCGGCGCCUCAGUUCGGCGCCCUGUACGCUGUUGGCGAUGAGAUGUGGGGAAGCGACAACGCCUCUGGCAAAAUCAUCGCGUUCCCUGUCCUGGACGAUAAUGCGCCGGCGAGGGAUAUCAGCGCAGGGCCGCCAUCGAACAGCAACGAUGGUGCGCGUUGCUUCGCUGCCCCAGCACCUUCGAACCGCUAA